ACAUAUUUAAUUUAAAUUCCUCUCCUAUUUUCCUAUUGACUCUAUUCCUUGCAUAAGAUGAUCCGCAUUAAUCAGUUGCUUGUUGCCCAUAGCAUGUUCCUCAUGAUUAAGACGACUCGACUGUCCAUUCUUGUUGGAAGCCUCUGCUCCCACACCCUGAUCUUCCAGAGACGGUUUUUCCCAGGGCUGUCCUGGAGUCAGGCUGACAUGGGGGGACUGUUGCAGCUGUUCCUGCCCCAUGGCAUCCACUCGCUCAAACUCGGCACCUGCUCAGGGUUGUGCCCAGCAGGCCUGGUCCAAUGGAAGCCUCACAUUCAAAUGUGGGGCAGGCGCCCAGGGCUGACAAUACUGAAUUCAAUCUGUUUCAGGACACACAGGGGAGGUUGCUCAGUGCUGACCAUGGGCUCGGGCCAGUGGGCAUGUAUUCCAGUGCCCACCCAGAAACACAGGGAGGGGAGCCACAGCUUCCAACCUUCUCCUGGAGCCGUGAGCCCUCCCUUCUUGUGAGGACCUGGAGGUCCUCUCUGUUUCCACACAGCUGACCUCCUCCACAGGGCCCCUUGAUGGUCCUGGGUACCGAUGGCCACUCAGCUUUGUUCUCUAUUCUUUAUUGUGCUUCCAUCUCCAUUGUUGGAACUUUCGUUUCUCUUUUUACAUUUGUCUGUGGGUGCAUGUUUCAGAAAUAUUGUAAGUAGCGUUUCUCAGUGUUGGGAGUAGACACGAUCUCUUGGGUGGGCACGUCAAUCAUCCACUUGAGUGUGGAGUCCCACCCCAAACCCACUCCUGUCUUAUCCUGACCAGGAAAUUGAUUGAUCGCACCCAUGAACCCAGCACCACUAAUCCCACAACCACUCUCUGAGGAGGGGAGUUCAUGACAACAUGCUGCAGAUGAGGAAACUGAGGCUCAGAGAUUGGGCGUUAAUGCUCAAGGUCACAUGGGCUGUGGAUGAUGGAGAAAUAUUUAAACAAAAAUCAGCCUUAUCCCCCAAAUAAGAGCCACGCAUUGAGAACUGAAACUGAAGACAACCACAAGAUGAGGAGAGCUCUUCCCAAGGGAGAAAAGGGUCUGAGGAGGCAAGAAACAACUCAGAGGUUUGUUCCUAGAGAGAAGGGGGUGGACGCUGUUACAAGAAAAAAGAGAAGUCCGAGAAGGGGGCUGUGAUAGAAAGCAAGCCCACACUCAAAGGCCAAGAGAGAAAUCAUGUUUCCUUCCCUUAUUUCACUGCAUUUCUCCUUUGUGCUCAUUGUCACAAUGACACGCUCCUGAACCGUACAGUUAGAUGUUGAGCGUGUGUGUCUGCUGAUCUGAGCUCUGCAGGCAGCAGGAAACUGCGUCUUCCCUGAAGCAUCUCCAGGGCCUGGAUGACCACUGUCCAUGGCAUUGUAGUCUCUUUCAUCUUCACAGCUGGGGCCAGAGGGAGGAGACGCCAUGAGCCUUACCCUCACAGCCCUGCUCUGCCUUGGGCUGAGUGUGGGCCCGAGGACCCCAGUGCAGGCAGGGACCCUCCCCAAACCCACCAUCUGGGCUGAGCCAGGCUCUGUGAUCCCCUGGGGGAGUCCUGUGACCAUCUGGUGUCAGGGGACCAAGGAGACUCAGGAGUUCCAACUGUAUAAAGAGGGAAGCUCACUGCCCUGGAGCAGACAGAACCCACUGAAGCCUGGGGACAAGGCCACGUUCUUCAUCCCACACAUGACAGAGCAAUAUGCAGGGCGAUAUCGCUGUUACUAUCUCAGCCCCACCGGCUGGUCAGAGCUCAGUGACCCCCUGGAGCUGGUGGUGACAGGAAUCUACAGCAAACCCUCCCUCUCAGCCCUGCCGAGCCCUGUGGUGAAAGCAGGAGGGAACGUCACCCUCCAGUGUGGCUCAUGGCUGAGAUUUGACAGGUUCAUUCUGACUAAGGAAGGAGAACAUCAGCCCUCGUGGACGCUGGACUCACAUCGACACCCCAGUGGGCAGCCCCAGGCCCUGUUCCCUGUGGGCCCCAUGACCUCCAGCCACAGGUGGACGUUCACAUGCUAUGUCUAUGACAGUAAAAACCCUCAGGUGUGGUCACAACCCAGUGACCCCCUGGAGCUCCUGGUCCCAGGUGUGUCUGGGAAGCCCUUCCUCCUGAACCAGCAGGGCUCCAUCGUGGCCUCUGGACAGAGCCUGACCCUCCAGUGUCUCUCUGAUGUCGGCUAUGCCAGAUUCGCUCUGUCCAAGGAGGGGGGACAUGACCUCCCCCAGCGCCUUGGACGGCAGCCCCAGGCUGGACACUCUCAGGCUGAUUUCCCCCUGGGCCCUGUGAAACCCUCCCACGGGGGCCAAUACAGAUGCUACGGUCGACACAACCUCUCUUCUGAGUGGUCAGCACCCAGUGACCCCUUGGAUAUCUUGGUGGCAGGACAGCUCCCUGACACACCCUCCCUCUUGGUGCAGCCAGGCCCCACGGCGGCCUCAGGAGAGAAUGUGACCCUGCUGUGUCAGUCACAGGGGCCAGUGGACACGUUCCUUCUGUUCAAGGAGGGGGCAGCCGAUCCCCCACUGCGUCUGAGAUCAAAGUACCAAGCUCGGCAGUACAAGGCCCAAUUCUACAUGAGUCCUGUGACCCCAGCCCACGGGGGGACCUACAGGUGUUACAGCUCAUACAGCACCACCCCCUACAAGUUGUCACACCCCAGUGACCCCCUGGAGCUCGUGGUCUCAGGGGGCUCUGAGGACCGACUGCCCCGCACAGAGUCAGGCGCCACGAGGGGUCUCCAGUGGUACCUGAAGGCUGUGAUCGGGAUCUCCGUGGCCUUCAUCCUGCUGCUGCUCUCCCUCCUCCUCCUCUUCCUCCUCAUGCGACACUGGCGUCAGGGCAAAUGCAGGAUGUCAGCCCAGAGACAGGCUGAUCUCCAAUUUCCUGCAGGGGCUGCAGACCCACAGCCCAAGGACUUACGCCUGAAGAUCAGCUCCAGCCCAGCUGCUGACGCCCAGGAAGAGAACCUCUAUGCUGCCGUGAAGGACACACAGCCUGAGGAGGGCGUGGAGCUGCACCCUCAGGCUACUGCAUCUGAAGACCCCCAGGACGUGACCUACGCCCAGCUGAACCACUUGACCCUCAGACAGGAGAUGACAUCCGCUUCCUCCCAGUCAGAGGAGCCACCAGCAGAGCCCAGCGUGUACGCUGCUCUGGCCAUCCACUAGCCCAGGAAGGACCCGGACCCCACCCUCCAGCGAGGGAGACUGCAGGGACCCCAGAAGGCACAGGAGCUGCCCCCAGGAGACACUCAGCUAAUGACUUCCAGCCAGCCUGGAAUCCUAACGUGGACCACCAGGAGCUUCUGGGACUCAUUGGGAGUCACCUGAUUCUGCAAUCAAAGAUAACUGAUAUCCCCACAUUUUGGACAUAAAGCAACAGACUUCUCAGUAAUGCAUGAGUGAAAUGAGAAAUCCAAAACAGAAGGGAGAGAAUGUUUUAAAUUGAAUGAUAAUGUAAACAUUACACAUCAAACCUAUGAAAUAGGAAAAUUAAGAACCAUGAGUGAAUAUAUUAGAAAAGAAAAGCCUAAAAGAUCAAUGACCUAAGCUAUUAAAUCAAGAAUUUGGAAAAAUAAUAGAAAAUUAUCCCAGAUUAAGGUAGAAGGAGGGAAAUAAUGAUGAUGAAAGUAGCUACUAAUGAGGACAAAUAAAAACGUGAGCCAAAAAGUUUCAUUCUCGAAAACAUCAAUCACACUUACAAAUCCCAGCCACAAUGCUCAAGGAAAAAA